AUGGACGCAGCGGACGUGGUCGCUUCCGUGUUGGUUUUGGGGACAAUCCUCGUGUCGCUGCUGUCCAACGUCGUGGUGCUGAUCUGCUUUCUCUACAACCCGGAGAUCCGCAAGCAGGUGCCGGGGCUUUUCAUCCUCAACCUGACGUUCUGCAACCUGUUGCUGAGCGUGACCAACAUGCCCCUCACUCUGGUGGGACUCAUCACCACGGGCCACCCCGGAGACGGCGUCUUCUGCCAGGUCGUGGGCUUCCUGGACACUUUCCUCACCACUAACUCGAUGCUGAGCAUGGCAGCGCUCAGCAUCGACAGAUGGUUGGCGGUGGUGUUCCCGCUGAGCUACCACUCCAGGAUGCGUCACCGGGAUGCGGUGAUAGCGCUGGUUUACACGUGGACACACUCGCUCUGCUUCUCCAUAGUCGCCAGCUGCAGAUCCUGGGUCGGGUACCACCACCUUUACGCGUCAUGCACCCUCUGCAACGUCAGGGCGAAGGGAGCCGGGGCGCAGUUCAUCAUCUUCACCGUGGCUCUGCACUCCCUCACCUUCCUCCUGACGCUGGUCGUGUUGUGUGUGACUUACCUGAAAGUGUUGAAAGUGGCGAGGUUCCACUGUAAACGCAUCGACGUGAUCACCAUGCAGACGCUGGUGCUGCUGGUGGACAUUCACCCCAG